UGCAGGCGGUGCAGCACGCCGAAAGCUGCUGGUGAAAAAUAGCUUCCGCAGUUCCGACAGCUGUCGAGCUUAAAUGCUUUGGAGAAGCACACAGUUGGACGCCCUUCUGUGCCGUGUCCCACAGGAAUAACGAGGUUCACACAGCGUGUGCGCGUGCGCCUGCUCGUCCGGGUCCUUCGACUUCUGGUGCAACAUGAGUCUGAGCGAGCAUUCACUGCAAGCACUGUCCUGGAGAAAGCUGUACCUGAGCCGGGCGAAACUGAAGGCUUCCAGCCGGACAUCAGCCCUGCUCUCUGGAUUUGCUAUGGUUGCCAUGGUAGAAGUCCAGCUGGACAACAGCUACCCGUACCCACCUGCUCUCCUGAUCGCCUUCAGUGCCUGCACCACCGUGCUCGUGGCCGUUCACCUGUUCGCCCUGAUGGUGAGCACGUGCAUUUUGCCCAACAUCGAGGCUGUCAGCAACGUCCACAACCUCAACUCAGUGAAGGAGUCCCCGCACGAGAGGAUGCACCGGCACAUUGAGCUGGCCUGGGCUUUCUCCACUGUAAUUGGCACCCUGCUGUUUCUCGCUGAGGUGGUUCUCCUCUGCUGGGUCAAGUUUCUGCCAGUUAAACCCAUCAAAUCUGGUAAUAGCACAGUGUCAUCUGGCGUGGCCGCUGCCAUCACGUCCACCUCAAUCAUGGUCCCCUUUGGUUUGGUCUUCAUCGUCUUCGCAGUGCAUUUCUACCGCUCCUUGGUCAGCCACAAAACUGACAGACAGUUUCAAGAGCUGGAGGAGCUGUCGAACCUCACCAGGCUCCAGAACGAGCUGGACAACAGAGGGGAGUCGUCUAUACUGCAGUCCCCCAGCUCACACUUCCCAUAGACAGGCGCCAUGGAUGCACAUCUGUGUUGGAACUAUGACUCCUGGGUAUUCCUCCAGGUGGAAACCCACAACAUUGGCUUUUAUU